GGCAUGUAAGCUCAGCUGAUUAAUAGGAUUUAUUCCUAAUUGAUUGGUGAAUAAAAUUUUAAAUUGACUGUAUUUGUUUGAAAUUAUCUUUGUUUCCAAAGUUUUAUCAUGUCUUUUAGAGAGCUCCUCAACGCAUCAAGUUAUUAUUUAUCAAUAUUUUUGACUCCUAAAUCUUAAAUCAACAACAUACGGCUUCCAUUUUGCUGCUUACUGUUAACUUGUCUUUUUCGCUAGGCUUCCUGCUACUUAUCAAUUUCAUGAAAGCUAUUGGAUUCAUCAUCAUAAAUCUCAUCAUUAUCAACAUCUUGAAAUACAGUUAAAACCAAAUCUAUGAAGAAAUGUGUAAAUUUAUGGACUUGUUCAAAUCUAUUUGGUCAACUUGAUCAAUUGAAUUGGAUGAAUUGAUCAAUUAUUUUAUUAUUUGGCAUCCCUGGCAUGAUCAAACCAAUGUUGAGGCUAUUAAGAAGAAAAAGUGUCCUCUUUUUUAUACUUUUAUCAUCAUUUACUUAUUCUAUGGUUAUGCUUUUGCGGAAACCUGUUAAUCGAAUGCACUUCGAUGAAGACUCGGACGAUGCGUUGGUGGAUAUUGACAGAGUCAAGUCACGCUUAAUAUCUUUUCGGAGAAAUAUGUACAAAGUUGAAAUAAAUGACGGAUCGGGGACGCAAUCGGCUCCUAAUAUUAAUUUUAUUAAUGAAAUUGAUAUUCACAGGGACGAAUCUCAAAUGACUGAAUCGACCAAUCUUAAUGUUAAGAAAACUGAAACGUGUCGUAAUUCAGUGCAAGGUAAAGUUUUGAUUGCCGAUGAUAAAGGAUAUAUUUGUGCUCGGCAUGAUUUAACGUCUGGUGGAUGCUGUCCAACAUCAAAUCCAACAACUAAACGUUAUUCUUGUGAAACUUGUAAUUCCAGUGGUUGCUGUGCAAUUUUUGAAUACUGCAUUUCUUGCUGUAUGGAACCAGAUAAGAAACCUCUUCUACAACAGAUAAUUGCGAAUGGUGGUAGUCCAAGUGUUGGAGUUCUUUUUGCUUCCAUUACUGAUCACUUUGAAUUUUGCCUUACCAAAUGCAGGACCUCGUCACAAUCUGUUCAACACGAAAAUUCUUAUCGAGAUCCAAGAGCAAAACAUUGUUAUGGAGAAGGCAAAUCAGUAGCAAAUUCAAAGAAAGAGGAGAAUGCGGAUGAAAACGUUGUAGUGGAAUAAUCUUGGUAGUAAAUUAUGGGAAAGGCUGAAAUGUAAAAUCUAUUCUUUAACUUAAUCAUACACAAUAUUGUAUUAUCGUAUCGAUGAGCCUGUUAAAGUCGUAAUCUUCAUGAAGAUAAUCAGUCGUGUAAUUCAGAAAAGCUGGAAAGUUUCAAUGAAUUUGGAAAAUUAACAGAUGGAUUAUCAACUGAUACGAUAAUACAUUGACAUGGAUUAUAAAUAACAUACAUUGUAAAUAUUUUUUAAAUAUUAGAUCAAUUUAACGAUCUAUUAAGUUAUAAAAUUUUAAGGUGGUUCUACUUCUAA